AUGAAAGUGGUAGUAAAAGUUGAUAUAUUUUAUAAGUUUAUAUAAUAAAGGAUGGGAUUACUAUCCAGUACAAAUGGACGCCAGAAGGUGAUACCUAUGUUAAAAAAGUAUGGAUUUUCUAUCAGCAUCUUGAGUUAUAUUUGUGGAAUAUCCUGGAUGGCAUCAUUGGCACAUCAUGAACUUAGUGCAAAAAAUUACUUUUCUGAAAAUCAACUGUUACCUGGUUUAGUUGAAACAUAUUUUUCACAACUUCAACAUGUGUAUAAAAUGUACAAUAGAAUUCUUUCAGAAUGCCCCAACAAUGAUGUUAUCAAGGACUUUAUUACCACUGAGUUUUACAAAGUUGGUUUAGAUGUGCACACUCAGCCAUUUUACAUCAAGUCUAAGCAACUAAAUGGCACAAAUGUAUAUGGGAUAUUUCGUGCCCCUCGAGCACCAGGAGUAGAAUCAAUCAUUUUAAAUGUCCCUCUUGAUCGUUGCAACUCAAGUGGUGCCAUUGCUUUGAUGCUAACGCUUUCAAGAUAUUUCCGCUCUCAAACAUACUGGGCAAAGGAUAUUAUUUUCUUGGUUACAGAUCAUGGUUUAUAUGGCAUGAAAGCUUGGUUAGAAGCAUAUCAUCAUGAUCACAGUUAUGAUAUAGAGACAGCUGAUACCAGAGGUCAUGCUGGAUCUAUCCAGGCUGCUCUUGUUCUUGAUUUUUCCAAUGAUUUUAUCAAUUACUUCGAUCUUCUGAUAGAAGGAAUGAACGGUCAACUGCCAAAUCUUGAUGUUAUAAAUGUAGUGUACCGUAUUGCACAAUUAGAAAGCGUGCGUGUUAAGUUUAAACACCAGACACAUUUGAAUCAAUUUAAUGACAACUACUUGGGAAAUUUGGAAACUUUGAUUCGUAUGAUGAUUAUACAUGCAUCAGGUUAUCCUGUUGGUAAUCAUGGCCUGUUUUACAAAUAUCGCAUUGAAGCAGUCACAUUAAAGGGUGUAAAAGAUGGGAACAUUGUUCAUGGAAGUAGAGCUGACUUUGAAGCCAUUGGACGGUUAAUAGAAGGAAUAUUUCGAAGUUGGAAUAACAUGCUGGAGCAUUUUCAUCAAUCAUUUUUUCUAUAUGUGUUACCAAACACCAACCGAUACAUAUCAAUUGGAUUAUACAUGCCACCACUUGGAUGUUUGAUGCUGCCACUUGUCAUUUGUUUGUUUAUGCUCUGGAUUGAUAUAUUCCAGCUUGAACAUCCUCCAGAUGAGAAGCAAAGUAUGGUUGCCUUGUCGGUGUUGCUUAAUGGAAAAGUUCUUGCACAGAUUUGUUUUGCUUACCUUUGUACCACGCUGUUAUAUUUUUCAUGGCCGAGAAUAUUGCAAGUUGCGAAGGUUUAUAAUUUGUUGCCGUACCAAUUACUUGGAGGAUGUUUUGUUGUCUUAUGGUUUUUUGCAGUUAUAUGCAGGUUCGCUCGAGAUGAAAGGCACAAUAAUUCUGAUAAAGUUCUAAAGUUAUAUUGGCUUCUGCAUUUUUCUGUCCUCAUCGUUUUGCUUUCGAUACUAAAUUUUUCAUUGGCAUUUAUUGUGGCAACUUUUUACGUCCCUCUUGUAAUCCUGGUGUGUUGUCAGCGAGCUAAAUCAAGGUUAUUGGCCACAACAGCAGCUCUUUGGUCCUUACUCUCCACACCAGUAAUAGUACUGUGUAUCAUUAUGCUUGUUAGAACGUAUCCUCUCCAAGAAGGACAAGAAUUUGAAGGAAUAUUUUCAAGCAUAACAAAUUUAGUAACUGUUCUAUACAACGAGGUUUCAGACGCUGCGUUGUCAAUUUUCACCACGAAAGUAAUAUUCCUUGGUAUAAUUCCUUAUUGGUUGUCUUUUAGUAGUUUAUUUUAAUUUAACAUUUAUGAAA